GCAAUGUUAAAACACAUUCAUGCAGACAGUGGCGAGCCGACAUCAGCAGCAACACGCUAACAGACUGACCAGCUCCCGUUCAGCCGCCACAAGCACAGUUCCCGCUGCGUGGAUGCGUGGAAGACCCCCCUGGUCUGGGUGGAAGGGGGAGAAGUUUCCCCAAAGACGAGUCUGGAUCCAGCUGAGAGACGAUGCCUUCUUCCUUUAGACGGGUCUCACAGGUGGCUCUGUGGAUUUGCUGAUUUUUAUUUCUUAUUUUUCCAAGUUAUUCAGCGGGGACAGGAAGAGAUUCUGAGCCAGAGGAUGCUCCCACAAGUCAUUCGGAUUUUGUAUGUCUUGUCUUUUUGCGUCUUCCAAGGAGGUUUCAUCAGAUUGAGCUCCUGUAAGGAGGAGACAAAGGCCCCCGGCCGGGCCGGACCACAGCUUUCACCUUCUGACUUCCUAGACAAGCUCAUGGGAAGAACGUCGGGAUACGAUGCACGCAUCAGGCCCAACUUCAAAGGCCCUCCUGUGAAUGUCACCUGCAAUAUUUUCAUCAACAGCUUUGGGUCUAUUACAGAAACUACCAUGGACUACAGACUCAACGUGUUUCUACGGCAAAAUUGGAACGACCCUCGGCUGGCGUACAGUGAAUACCCAGACAACUCCCUGGACCUGGAUCCUUCCAUGCUGGACUCGAUCUGGAAACCUGAUCUGUUCUUCGCAAAUGAGAAGGGAGCCAAUUUCCACGAGGUCACGACGGAUAACAAGCUGCUGCGGAUUUUCCAAGAUGGCAGCGUUCUUUACAGCAUCAGGUUGACUCUAACCCUGUCCUGCCCUAUGGACUUGAAGAAUUUCCCAAUGGACAUUCAGACCUGCACCAUGCAGCUUGAAAGCUUUGGUUACACCAUGAAUGACCUGAUCUUUGAGUGGCUGUCUGACAACCCUGUUCAAGUGGCUGAUGAUCUCACACUCCCACAGUUUGUGCUGAAAGAAGAAAAGGACUUGGGUUACUGCACUAAGCACUACAACACAGGUAAAUUCACCUGCAUUGAGGUGAAGUUCCACCUGGAACGGCAGAUGGGUUACUACUUGAUCCAGAUGUACAUCCCUUCGCUCCUCAUCGUUAUCCUGUCCUGGGUGUCCUUUUGGAUAAACAUGGACGCUGCGCCGGCCAGAGUUGGUCUGGGUAUCACCACAGUGCUGACGAUGACCACGCAGAGCUCUGGUUCUAGAGCUUCUCUGCCGAAGGUGUCCUAUGUGAAGGCCAUUGACAUAUGGAUGGCAGUGUGCCUUCUGUUUGUGUUCGCCGCCUUGCUGGAGUAUGCAGCUGUCAACUUUGUCUCGAGGCAACACAAGGAGUUCAUCAGGCUGAGGAAAAAGCAACGGCAGCAGAGAAUAGCGACUGGCAGUCGGGCUGCAAGCGUUGAGUCUUUGCGGAAACCCAAUGACAUUCCUGGUAACAACUCAGCCUACAGAAAUCUGAGUCAGCAUUGCAGCGCCUGUGCAAGGGAGGACGAACUCAUGCGGGAGAGCCGAGGAUUUUACUUCCGUGGUUAUGGACUCGGUCACUGCCUGCAAGCCAAAGACGGGACCGCCGUGGAAGGGCCCACUGUGUUCUCCCCUCUGCCCCCGGUCACUAUGUACGACGGCGAAGUCCUUCACAAGCGUUUCGUUGACCGGGCCAAACGGAUCGACACCAUAUCCAGAGCCGUCUUUCCCUUGAGCUUUCUCAUCUUCAACAUCUUCUACUGGGUCACCUACAAAGUGCUGCGACACGAGGACAUCCAUGCAAACUUGUAAAACGCUUUCUGCUGACAUUAUGUUAAUGUUUUUCUCAGAACCAAAACUGCCUGUUUGACCCAUUACAGUGAGUAAAAAAAAAAAUCAAAACAAAAAAAAAGAAGUAUGAAGAAGCAUCCACGCUUCUCAAAGCCAGAACUAGAAAUGACAAAAACUUUGUGCUCAGGUGCGUCUUCAGGAUCUCGGACGUGAAAAGGAAGGAGUGGCUUCUCGCUGGUGUUGCCGGUCACCUUUUCGUACGUGUGUUUGUUCGAGUCGCUUGGAUCAAUCAGAAUGGCGCUAACCGCUGUGGGUUUUAUUUCAGAUGAUGGUUCAAGAAUUUAGAAAAGUUGAUCCUGGCUGAAUGAGACAUGCUGACUUGAAUUUUGACACUACGCAGCUUUAAAUGAAUGUUUUUGACAAUUAAAAAGUUAAAGGAACAUUUUUUACAACUUUAGAUUAUCACAUUGGUAUAUGGGUGAUGGGGACUUUGAUAUUUAUGAAUAUUCAGUACGUGAUGAUAAUUCGAUUUUAAGUAUGUGAUCAGUAGAUUAUGUAUGUAUGUAUGUAAACAGUGUAUUAAAAUGUAUAUAAACAAAGCUGUUCAACUGCUCAAAGCACAAAUAUGUAUUUCCUUUUGUCAAAAUUUAAAUAAAUUGUUAUUCUGCCAGGAAAC